AUGCCUACUAGAUUGAGUCGUCGGACCUGGAGCAGGGCCGAGGAGGAGCAGCUCAUUCGAUUAAUAAAUCAUUGCAAGGAUGCAAGACAAUUAAAACAAGUUCAAGCUUACCUAGUCGUGACUGGGCAAUCGCAAAACAACUUCCUCAUCACAAAACUUGUUCGUGAAUUCACGACUUUUGGUGACUUAAAACAUGCUCGGGCUGUUGUUGAUGCCGUUGAUAAUCCUAACGUCUAUUUGUGGACAGCCAUGAUUAGGGGCUACUCACAGCAGUCUGAUUCACAGCCUUGCUAUAGAGAGGCAAUAGCAACAUACGCCCGUAUGCACCGCCAAGAGAGCAGGACGAUGGCUGCGGACCAGGCACUUGCUUUCGCCUUAUCAUCAGUCCUAAAGGCGUGUUCGGGGUUCUCAGCACUGAGACAGGGAAUUCAGAUCCAUGCCCAUGUUGUGAAGUAUGGAUAUCAUACAGAAAUUCGCAGCCAGACGGCAUUGAUAGAUUUCUAUACUAAAUGUGAGUUCAUGGAAGAAGCACAGAAGCUCUUUGGUAAAAUGUCUGAGAGGGAUGUUCAAGCGUGGAAUACCAUGAUUGCAGGACAUGCGAAAUAUGGAAAUAUGAAUGCCGCCCGCUCUUUGUUUAAGGAGAUGCCAGUGAGGAACCUCUUCACUUGGGAGGUGAUGAUCACUGGAUAUGCAAACUUGGGUCGAAUGGAUUAUGCAAAAGAACUUUUUGAUCAGUUGGUUUCAGAUCAAUCUAGGCUCAACAGCAAUGCUAUCAUUUGCACAGCAAUGAUCACGGGCUAUGCGAAGUGCAACGACAUUACAAAUGCACGACUAAUCUUCGACAUGAUGGCUGAAAGGGAUGUGGCCUCAUGGAAUGCAAUGAUCUCUACCUAUUCUCAGGCGGGUUUCUUCAACGAGGCCCUGGAUCUCUUCCAUCACAUGUUAAGGAUAGGAGAUGUGAAACCAAACCAGACCACAAUUACUUGUGUGGUUGCUGCUUGUGCUCAAUUGGGAUCAGUCCAAUUGGCGGAACGGAUUGUAGAUUACAUCAAAAGUCAUGGGAACAGACUAAUGAAUAACCACACAGUAACAGCCCUCAUUGACAUGCAUGCCAAGUGUGGGAAUCCAGAUAGAGCAUCUGAGUUGUUCAAGAGCUGGAAUGACAAGGACUUGAUUUGUUAUAGUACUAUGAUGUCAGGAUUUGGUAUGCAUGGGCGUGGCAGAGAUGCUCUGAAGAUCUUCUCUCAUCUUCAGGAAGAUGGGCUGAAGCCUGAUAGUAUUUGCUUCAUUGUGGUCCUAUCUGCUUGUAGCCAUGGAGGUCUAGUGGAUGAAGGCUUCCAGUACUUCAAUUCCAUGCAGAGUGAUUACUCCAUUGCCCCAACUGCUGAUCACUACAUGUGCAUGGUUGACUUGCUAGGCCGAUCUGGCCGCGUAUCGGAUGCACACAGAAUUAUCACCGAAGCUAUGCCUCCUGUUAAGCCUCAUGCCGGAGUAUGGGGUGCUCUUCUGAAUGCAUGUAGAAUAUACAACAACAUUGAAGUGGGUGAACUAGCAGCUAAGAAUUUGCUAGAGAUGGAACCUGAGAAUUCAGGAAACUAUGUGUUGCUUUCUAACAUAUAUGCUAAAGCACAAAGAUGGGAUAAAGUUGCAAAGGUGAGGGCUCUCAUGAGGAACCGUGGGAUGAAAAAACCACCUGGUUGCAGUUGGAUUGAGAUUGAUGGAAAGACCCACAAAUUCUUUAUUAGUGAUGUACGAUAUCAUCAAUUGGAAAUGAUGAUGCAAGUUUUGGCCAGUGAAUUGAAGGCUCAAGGCUACUUUCUUGCUAUAGAUCAUGAUGAAUGA